UUAGUGGGUCACAUCACCCAGAUCUCCCGUUGCACGGGAGGCUGAGCUCUGGAUUCGCUACAGGCAACAGCGGGUGCGGAAUGGGCGCGCGGCGGUGUUGCUGGCGGGGCUCGUGGCCGCUGGUGAUGUCACACCUCCCAGACAGUCAUGAUUGGGUCUAAUUAGAGCGCUCGCUAGCAAAUAGAUAGGCGUCCCGCGUGGUUGGAUCCAAAGUGGCUGAUGCCAAACAUUUCUGCAGAGGCUGAGAGAGCGAGAGAAAGAGAGAGAGAGGCGCGAGCGCAUCGCGUACGUAUCCAACCGCACGCCCUGCGCGGACACAGAGAGGAAUAUAGCUGAGUGCUCUCACGCUGUGCUGGAAAUACAGUCAGUAGGCUACCGAGCGCAGGAGGCGAGGCGUGCUGGAGUUUCAGGUGUGUAGUGCGGAGGGAAUCCUUUCACCGGCGAGUCGCACACUCGCGGUCCGGGUUCGGGAGGUAUAAAAAGGGGAGAGUCGACAUUUGUCUGCGACGUCACCGAGUACAGUUCGACACCAGAGGAGAGGGAGACGAUACGAGACAAGACAAAACCCAAGAGACAAUCGCGCGGUCAAAGCCCAAGUUAUUAUUCUCCGCUGCGCUCCCACCGCUGCGCUGAUGGCGUCAGUACUUGGGAACAACAGCCGCGCGUCGGGAGCCCAGAGCGGGCAAGUGAAAUGCAAGUUCAAGAGGAGACGGAGGAGACGGUGUAAAAGAAAAGAGAAAGUCAGCAUGCUCUCGGCAUUGAUCGCCCCCUUCAAGUACAUGAGCCCAGGGACCAGCAGCACAGAAGACGAGGACAGUUUGAGCACCAGCAGCGCCGAGGUGAAGGAGAACCGCAACGUGGGCAACCUGGAGGACCGCUCCUUCGCUCCCGGCGAUCGGCAGACCCUCCUCCGGGCCGAGCCGGCCAGGGGCCCGGCCGCGGCGGGCGUGAAGAGGAAGAGGCCCCUGGAGGAGGACAACAACGGGGGCCAGAUGUGCCAGCUCCGCCUGGUCUACAAGAAGCUGUCCUGGUCGGACUCGCCCAAGAACGCCCUGGUGCAGCUCAACGAGCUGCGGCCGGGCCUGCAGUACCGCCUGGUCUCCCAGACGGGGCCCGUCCACGCGCCCGUCUUCUGCAUCGCCGUGGAGGUCAACGGCCUGUCCUUCGAGGGCACGGGCCCCACCAAGAAGAAGGCCAAGAUGCGCGCGGCCGAGCUGGCGCUCAAGUCCUUCGUGCAGUUCCCCAACGCCCCGCAGGCCCACCUGGCCAUGGGCAACCUCUCGGACCCCGCCGCCGACUUCACCUCGGACCAGGCGGCCGACUUCCCGGGCACCCUCUUCAAGGAGUUCGACCCGUCGCCAUGCGGCGGCGGCGGCGUCGGCGCCGGCCUCUCGCUGUGCUCGGCCGCCUCCCGCGGCGAGCUGCUGUCCAGCGAGCUGCUGCGCCACGGCCGGCUGCUGCAGCACACCCUGGACCUGAUGCUGCAGGCGCAGCAGCGGCUGGGCGGCGUCGGCCCCGAGCCCGAGGCCCCCAAGAGCCCCGUGGCGCUGCUGAACGAGCUGCGGCCCGCGCUGCGCUACGCCUGCCUGUCGGAGCGGGCCGAGGGCCGGCGGCUGCGGAACUUUGUGAUGGUGGUGCGCGUGGACGGACGCAUGUUCGAGGGGUGCGGGCGCAGCAAGAAGCUGGCCAAGAACCAGGCGGCGCAGUGCGCCCUGCAGGGCCUCUUCAACAUCCAGGCGGCUCCUGCGGGCAGGACCGGCCUCAAAGCCAGCAGGAAGACUUGUCCUCAUUUACCCCAGGACUUUGCCGAUACCAUCUUCCACCUGGUGAGGGAGAAGUACCGCACGCUGGUGGGGGGCUGCAGCCCCGCCCACGCACGCCACAAGUCCCUGGCUGGCAUCGUCAUGACCCGAGACAUGGACCUGCGGCGGGCCCAGGUGGUGGCGCUGUCCACGGGCACCAAGUGCAUCAACGGCGAGUACCUGAGCGACCAGGGCCACGUGGUCAACGACUCCCACGCCGAGGUCACCGCCCGCAGGGCCCUGCUGCGCUUCUUCUACGCCCAGCUGGAGCUCUUCCUCAGUAAGAGGCCAGAGGACUGGGAGGAGUCGAUAUUCGUGCGACACAAGGAGAGCGGCUACCGGUUACGGGACGGCGUCCACUUCCACAUGUACGUCAGCACCUCUCCAUGUGGCGACGGCCGGCUCAACUCCCCCUACGAGAUCUCGGCCGAAUUGCACAGCAGCAGGAACCUGGGCCGGAAGCAGCACAGCCACCUGCGCACCAAGAUCGAGUCGGGCGAGGGGACGGUUCCGGUCCGGUCCCGGGGGCCCGUCCAGACCUGGGACGGGGUCCUUCAGGGGGAACAGCUGGUCACCAUGUCCUGCACCGACAAGAUCUCCAGCGAAGCAAAGCAAGCUAACGAGGACAACAUGGCGGCGGUGGCAGCGGAGGAGGCCGAGGAGGCCAGCGGAGAAGCGGUCAUUGAGAGGGCGCACCGAAUCGGACCGGCGAGGGACGCCAAGAUGCCGCCGAGAACUCUGAUUGUGAAGUUCCUCAUCUACAAGGGCAAACAGCAAACGGCAGUUGUUGCUGCUGCACGGCCUAAAAAAAGACAUUCGCAUCGUUUGACCGCCCUUCCUGUUGUCGCCGCCGCAGGGCUGAGCAGCGCUGAGGGCCUGCAGCUGGGCAAGGCGCCGUGCGUCAGCGUCAACUGGACCCUGGGAGACGGCCAGCUGGAGGUGGUCAACACGGCCACGGGACGGAGGCGGGACCUGGGCACGCCAUCCCGGCUCUGCAAGCGUGUCCUGUUCGCCCGCUGGAGUCGGCUGCACUGCAAGCUGCUGCUGGGCCAGGCGUGUGACGGCGGCGAGGACCGGCGGCUGAUGUACAGCGAGGCAAAGAUGGCGGCGCGGCCGUACCAGGCGGUCAAGCAGCAGUGGGUGCGCUCGCUGCACGACGCCGGCCUGGGGACCUGGGUGAAGAAGCCCCCCGAGCAGGAGCACUUCCUGUCCUGAGGACGGAGGGCUCACAUCCCUCUGUGUGUGUGUGCGUGUCUGUGCGUGUGUGUCUGUGUGUGUGUGUGUCUCUGGGCAUAGGUGCCCAGGGACAGGACAUGUUCAAUUGUUUACAUGUUGAGUCUGUGUGUGUCUGUGUGUGGAUGUGUGCG